AUGAAAAGCUGCUGAAUUUUCUUCCCGUUUUUGCAGGCGAACUGCAGAGGAAGAUUGGCCUGAAAGUCCUUGAGAUGAGAGGCAAUGCGGUAGUUGGGUACUUGCAGUGCUUUGACCUGGAAGGCGAGUCUGGGUUGGUGGUGCGCGCCAUAGGAACAGCGUGCACGCUGGAUAAAUUAAGUAGCCCAGCGGCACUCCUUCCUGCCUGCAACUCCCCGUCCAGAGAGAUGAAGGAGAUUCCCUUCAAUGAAGAUCCCAAUCCCAAUACUCACUCAUCAGGACCCUCAACCCCUCUGAAAAACCAAACUUAUUCCUUUUCACCUUCCAAGUCCUACAGUCGACAGUCCUCUUCUUCUGACACAGAUUUGAGUUUGACACCCAAAACUGGAAUGGGAAGUGGUAGUGCUGGAAAAGAAGGGGGGCCCUUUAAAGCUCUUUUAAGACAACAGACUCAAUCAGCAUUGGAACAGAGGGGAGGAUCGCCUCAUAGGUUCUGUAGAAGGCGGGAAUUUCCAUUCUUCACCCUGACGGCAUUUCCCCCUGGAUUCCUCGUGCACGUUGGGGGCGUUGUUAGUGCACGCUCUGUGAAGCUUUUGGAUCGUAUCCACAAUCCUGCCUUUGUCGGAAUUAUGGGUAACACAAGAUCUUACAAACUGCUAGACUGGAAUAGUUUCAAUUCAGAUGAACCAGAAACUCGAGAUGCAUGGUGGGCAGAAAUCAGACAAGAAAUAAAAUCCCAUGCCAAAGCAUUAGGCUGUCAUGCUGUAGUGGGCUACAGUGAAUCAACUAGCAUCUGUGAAGAGGUCUGUAUUUUAUCUGCAUCCGGCACGGCAGCUGUACUGAACCCUAGAUUUUUGCAGGAUGGCACCGUGGAGGGCUGUUUGGAACCGAGGCUAGAAGAAAAUUUGCCUGCAGGCUGUGGAUUUUGCCAUAUACCAUAUGAUGAACUGAAUAUGCCGUUUCCAGCUCAUCUCACAUACUGCAAUAACUGCAGGAAACAAAAAGUUCCUGAUGUUCUCUUCACAACCAUAGACCUCCCAGUGGAUGCAACAGUUAUUGGAAAAGGUUGUCUCAUUCAAGCAAGGUUGUGUCGCUUAAAAAAGAAGGCACAGGCAGAAGCAAAUGCCACAGCCAUCAGUAAUCUCUUGCCAUUUAUGGAAUAUGAAGUGCAUACUCAGCUAAUGAAUAAACUAAAGCUCAAAGCAAUGAAUGCUUUAUUUGGACUGAGAAUUCAGAUCACAGUGGGAGAAAAUAUGUUGAUGGGCUUAGCGUCGGCCACCGGUGUGUAUUUAGCAGCUUUACCAACUCCUGGUGGUAUUCAGAUUGCUGGAAAGACUCCUAAUGAUGGCUCAUAUGAGCAGCAUAUAUCUCAUAUGCAGAAGAAGAUAAAUGACACGAUUGCCAAGAAUAAAGAGUUAUAUGAAAUCAAUCCUCCAGAGAUAUCUGAAGAGAUUAUAGGAUCCCCCAUUCCAGAACCUAGACAACGCUCACGACUUUUGAGAUCUCAGUCAGAAAGCUCUGAUGAAGUUACCGAAUUGGACCUUUCACAUGGGAAAAAAGAUGCCUUUGUUUUGGAGAUUGAUGACACAGAUGCUAUGGAAGAUGUACAUUCUCUCCUCACUGAUGUCCCACCUCCUUCAGGCUUUUAUAGUUGUAAUACAGAAAUUAUGCCUGGUAUAAAUAAUUGGACAUCUGAAAUACAGAUGUUUACAUCAGUAAGAGUAAUCCGAUUAAGCAGCCUUAACCUGACUAAUCAAGCCCUUAAUAAGAACUUUAAUGAUCUCUGUGAAAACUUGCUUAAGAGCCUGUAUUUUAAACUACGGUCUAUGAUCCCCUGCUGCCUUUGCCAUGUCAAUUUUACAGUCUCUCUCCCUGAAGAUGAAUUAAUUCAGGUUACAGUCACAGCAGUUGCAAUAACCUUUGACAAAAAUCAGGCUUUACAGACUACAAAAACACAUGCUGAGAAGUUAUUGCAAAGAGCCUCUACAGAUAAUGAAGAACUUCUGCAGUUUCCCCUGGAACUCUGUUCAGAUUCACUUCCUUCUCAUCCUUUUCCACCAGCUAAAGAACACCUGGAGAGUGCAAGUUCUAACUCAGGUAUCCCAGCUGCACAGAGAGCAACGUCAGUUGAUUACAGUUCCUUUGCAGACAGAUGCAGCAGCUGGAUAGAGCUCAUUAAACUGAAAGCUCAGACCAUAAGGCGCGGAUCAAUUAAGACAACAGUGACAGUUGAAAAAGCAAGUCCAAUGGGUGAAGGAAACUUCCGGAAUCGUUCUGCUCCACCUUGUGCAAAUUCUACCGUUGGGGUUGUUAAGAUGACACCUCUUUCUUUCAUUCCUGGAGCAAAAAUAACAAAAUAUCUUGGGAUAAUUAAUAUGUUUUUUAUUCGGGAAACCACUUCUCUACGUGAGGAAGGUGGAGUCAGCGGUUUUCUGCACGCUUUCAUCGCUGAAGUGUUUGCAAUGGUGCGGGCACACGUCGCUGCGCUGGGAGGGAACGCUGUCGUCUCCUACAUAAUGAAGCAGUGUGUCUUCAUGGAGAAUCCAAACAAAAACCAGGCACAAUGUCUUAUAAACGUCAGUGGUGAUGCAGUGGUUUUUGUUCGCGAAUCUGAAUUAGAAGUGGUGUCUGCUCAGCAGCCUGCUGCCAAUUGCCAGCCCUCAUGUCCUGGAGGAGAAGUCACAACCUGAAGUCAAGUAGAAAGAAAGAGUGCAACUAAAUGUCAUUCAUCAGUCUCCUUUGUCUUUCAUUUAUCGUACUAGACGUAAAAAAUGAACUUAAUAAUAUGAGAGAAUGAAGAAAGAAUUGAUCCCAUAUGAGGAUGUUUGAUUUGAAUGGGAUCACUUGGAGGCAUGAGAAUUUUCAAAUCUUGACUUUUUUUUUUUUUUACCAAGGCUAGACAGGCCUCAUAGAGGCUCGACUCCCCAGGAAGUUCAGAUAAAUUUCUCUGAGAACUGUAGCAAAGAUGCAAGCUAUUUAUAAUUUAUGUUGAUUUUAAUAAAACCAUAAUUUAAAUUAUCAGGAAAUUAGGCUAGCUAUCCUGGUGUAAUUUAUAAAAAUUAAGAAAUUAACAAAUUGUUAAUAAGUAAUCUGAUUUGAGGAAUGUAUGGGGAAAAUGGAGAAAAGUUUUCAGAAAACUGUGAGUUUAUUAAUGUGUCAUUUUGAUGAGGAAUUUGGUAACCACUAAAAGGGAAAAGUGCUUUAGCCAUCUUUGAAAAAGAAGUUAAACUUCUAUGACUUGUAUCCUAAUUGCUGCAAAAGUAUAAUCUGUUUAUCAGAGCCAGUGUCCUUUCAUUGGAAGCUUAAUAAUAUCUCUAAGGAAGAAGGAAAAAAAUUACUUUAUAACUUCAUUUUUACCCAAGUUUUAGUUUGUGUUUAAUUUUUCUGGAAGGGGCUUGGCUUCAACUGGAAAGAACAGGCCAGUGAUUUUUGUUGAAGUAGUUAAAAUGUGAUCUAGUUGGAACAUAAAAUUAUUUUCUAAUAAGGUCAUACUGAACUCCUACCAAAUAGACAGAAUUUUAGUACUAUCUUAUUAGGGUUUUGGGGUGGUGAGGUAGACUGUAUUUGGCAUAGAAUUUGGAAAUGUAACUUGAAUGUAAAUAUGCUCCAGAAUGUUGAAUGUAUAGAUAGAAAUACGUGUUGUUGUUUUUUUUUGUCAAUGCCAAAUACAUAUUACAAAUGAACCUUUAAAAGUACAUUCCUCCUUUGGAUAAUAAAAUUUCUUUAUGAAACUCAUGAUUUUGCUCUUACAGGAUAACAACUGCCCUAAAGAUUAGGAGUCAUUUCCUUGUUAUCACAGGUGUCAAUAUUUUUCUGUAUUUUGUUUAUAAUUUUAUUUUUUAAAUAAAAGGUUUUAUAAACUGGAA